AAUUAAUUUAUUUCGAUAAUAGAAUAAUUCAGAACAGUAGUUCGAUAUUAAAUAUUUAUUUUCAUUGCAUGUAUCGUGACAGUACGUUUCUUAGUGAUAUUUUAAAACAUUCAUCAUGUCGAUCAAGUUUCAUUAUUUGCAAACAUUCCAUGUUAUAUGGUCGUGCAGUCUAACAUUGGUAGAUUUAAUAUCAGAACGUACUAAAAUUACCCAACGCGAGUUUAUCAAAGUUCUUGAACUUAUUCCCAAUUCUACGCGCUUUAUAUUUAGCCAAAGAUACUGCAAGCUAAUAUUUGACUUCCUAAUGGGAUCCCCGCUAUCAACAGCUUUAUCGAACAUUGUUCCAGAGGAAAUCAAGAAUAAGGCUUUAUCUUUGCUUCCAAAAUUUCUUUCCUGAAGAUACGCGAAUGCAAUGUUAUUAGCAAAACAUAAAUCAAACAUAGAUAAUAUUUUUCUUUAAAUUUUUAAAUCAUACAUCGUACGAGGCAUCUUCUUUGAAGAAUUAAGGUUAUUGUAACUUCCUAAAUAUUGAAUAUUUCUCCAAGGAAAAAAUUGUGAAUACAGUCUGAAUAUAUACGUUCAAAUUUAAUAGAAAAAUAUUUAAUCGCGUGACCCCAAAAAAUUCCAAAGAAUCAUCGAUACAUUGCGUUAACACGUUCAAAACCUAAAAGUGAAAACUUCUCAAUCUCGAGAUUAAUUUUCUCAGUCCCCUAGCGGAGUAACCUGCCAUUAAAGCGUCAAAAGGUAGAUGGCUGUACCGUUUGCGCCCCUCAGUUUAUUUCCAACGCCGUAAAGAUCAACGUUUUCGAUCGCGAAGUACCCGCCGUCGAGGACGUCAUCGCCGCGAAGCACCACCGUAGCCGCAUUUAGACCCGGGUUCGCCAGCCAAGCGUUACGUUUCCCCACCCCGGGGUGUACGGGACGCGCCGUGGUCGUGCGAUAGGACACGGUCGUGUCCCGGUGGGGCCGGCGAUUCGCGGGCAGUUUCCAAAUCGCGCGCGUAUCGCGAAAGAGGGACGCACCUGCACGCCGAACUGCUCGGCGCGCAGCUGCGACCUUCGACGCCCUUGUGCCGGCGAACGUGCAGCGCGACGCUCGUCCUCGUCAUUUUUACGUCGUACGUACGCACGGUCGCGCGCGCCCGGUGCCCAAUCCGUGCGGAUCCCGGAUCGUCCCCGGAUUCAGUUGAUCGUCGGUGCCGUUCGAACGUGGAUUUGCUUCUCGCACCGGAACGUCGACACCGGUGCCAGACGCGUGUCGCGAAAAGUGGUGGAGUUCCGUCGACAAGAGGGUACGGCCGCUAACGACUCGGUCGGUGCCCCCCGUGAGCGUCUGCCCUGGAAGGGGCAACGGCGAAAGGAUUGCCCGACGGAAGGACGGCGAACAGCGAAAGUCGAGAGCCGGAAGAGCAGGGUAACAGUACGACCUCGCCCUCGGAGGGCAGGCACGCCGACGGGACAUCCGGCUCGUCCGUCCUUGAGAUGGGCAGCACAGAUUCGGCGGGCAGCGCCCACAGCGGCGGUCCUUCCUGCGGCCUGGUCAGUUCCCUGUUCCCCAGCAGUUGCCGUGGACGCGCGGAGGCGUUCGCCAGACGUCUUCAUCGGCGGCUGACGUCCCUGGGCGGCGAGGAAGCGUCCCAGCGGAACGCAGACUCCUCGAAGCCCAAGGAAACGUCGUGGCUGCGCUCGUCGUCGACCUCGAAACCGGUGACGAACAACGCGUCGAUCAAUCAUGUUCUGCAGCACCAGCCGCGUCACAGCUCGGAGACGAAUCUCUGUUACGAUUUCGAGAUCGAUCUCGAGGACGGUCUCGGCUCGCCGGCCGAGGAGGCCACCGCGGCCGAGGUGGCGGAUCUCCUGGUGAAUCCGGGAAUAUUGAAGACCAACCAUCACGACGCCUGCAACUGCACGCCGAACGGUUCCAAAGUGAGUCUGUCCAGCUUGGACAUAGAGUCCGGUUGCCUGUUCGCGUCGCCCAUGACGGGCACGUCGCCCGACAGCGACUCCAGCGACAUCUACUUCGAUCCUGAGUCCUCGGACGCGGAGAAGGCGAAGAACGAGGUCUACUUCGACCCGGUGACCACGUCGGACAGCGAAGUGACCACCUCGAAUCUCUCGAACGGUUGCGAGGCGAAGGCCGACAAGGGUCUGGUGGCGCGCAGAAGGCCGGAUAUCAACGUGGAACAUUCCGAGGACACGUCCGAGUCGAGCGCCUCGCUCAGAAGGAACAACAUCGUGGACGGUGAGUCGAGGAAAGAGGAGUCGGUGUGCAACUCGGAGGACUCGUUGGAGACCACCUCGGCCAGCCACGAGUCCUUGUGGAGCACCUUCGACGAGAGCACCAUGUCGCUGCAGGACGAGAGUCCCACCAGAAUCAGUCCCAGUCUGACCGCCACGGUUCAGAAUCGACUGCCCAAGUCGCACUCGGACUCCGAGAUACCCGUACACGGGCCAAGACUGAUGAUCACUCGCGAGCUGACCAGGAGGGACGAGAAGAUGGAGGGCGGUGUGGACGAGGUGGACUUCGUCAACGGGAUCACGGAGAACGGCAACCUGGAGGACAUAAAGAACGCGAGGAACCUGGCGAAAGAGGAGUCACCAGACUCGUCGGAGAGCACGAACGACGAGGAGCUGCCGCUGGACACGGAGGAACCCACCAACGACCCAAGUGCGCAACUCCCGAUCAACAUGGCCGCACUGAAGGUGGAGGAGACGGUCGAGUCGGAGGAUAACUCGACGUACAGCAGCAUGAUCAACAUCCCCGGCGCUCUGACGCUCGAGUGCCCGACGGGCGAGCGCGUGAUGGAGUCGACGCUGAAGAACGAGGUGCAGCUGCAGAUCGAGAACGGUACGGUGACCGGCGACGCCGAGGAGGACAAGAUGUGCCUGCUGCUGCAGAAGAUCGCCACCAGCCCGACGAUCAGGGACGACGUGCUGAGCCACGAGUCGCGCGAGGACAGCGUCGAGGAGGAAGAGGAGGAGGAGAGGCCGCAGAAGGUGAGACGUUGCUCGUCCCUGAAGACCGGGAAGACACCGCCUGGCACGCCGGGGCGCAAGAAGAUCGUUCGAUUCGCGGACGUGCUGGGCCUGGACCUGGCAGACGUCAGAACGUUCCUGGACGAGAUCCCCAAGGUACCGAACUCGGCGUACAGCGACCUGGUCUACGACGACAUCUUCCACAAGGACUCCAGCCCCGUGAACAGCCUCCAGUCGUGGGGAUUCCGUUACGGGGACAGCAGACGGGAAUCGGGCUGCGCGUUUCCGCAGCCUCGAAAGGUGGACAAGACUCUGGUGCCUCUGUUCCAGCAGCCGGGCGGCCAGGUGAACUUCCUGGACCUGGUGCGCGAGCGUCGCGUCUGCCUGGAGAACGUGCUCGUCCAGGACCCCGUAUCCUUCUACAUCCAGGGCACCGUGCGCGUCAUAAACCUCGACUUCCACAAAUCGGUCCACAUCAGAUACACACUGAACUCGUGGCGAAACUUCAGCGACCUGCAGGCGACCUACGUGCCGAACUCGUGCGACGGUUUCAGCGACAAGUUCGCGUUCGCGUUGUACUGCCACACGCUGUCGGUUGGCCAGCGGCUGGAGUUCGCUGUUCGGUUCCAGUGCAAGGGCGAGCAGUACUGGGACAACAACGCCGGGGCCAAUUACUGUUUCCAGUGCUUGCCUGCAUCACCGACGGUCGGUUACUUACCGAUCACCGCGUCCGAGAGCCAACGUCACGACUGGUCGCCGAUGUUCUACUGAUGGGGGGUGAGGGGACCCCGUUCGUCGGCGUUCGCGACCCGGUAGGCCGGGGUACGGCUUCGCGUAGAAGGCGCACGGAGUCCGAGGAUGGCCCGAAUAUGGCUAACAAGCGACCGACGGAGACCACGGAUCUAAUAAACGUUCCUAAAGUGUACCUACUGUACAGAACUGUCCUACGGAGUCGAUGGAACGAACCGGACGGAUCGGAGAGACCGCGAUCGGCCACGCAUCGACGUCAAUUAUCCUUUCCUGCCAUUUUUUCCCACCCCCCUCCGACCGGAGCGCCGCUGGUGGACUGUGGAGGAACUCGACGCGACCGUUAGACUGACAAUUUUUUACACGUUUAUCCGUUCCACGCUCGCGGGAGGACGCGUACGGAGGUGACUGCGUCUCGAUGCCUGGAAAGUUCGGGAGCCCACGGUUCCGGAGGAUUCAAAGAGAACCACGAGAUAUCCACCCACGCGUCUAGGACAGCGAGGAGAGAUUAUUAUUUACACGUUCCUAGAAAGUACCUAAUUUUAACGAGUCGAGGGAAAAACUUCGAGGCCCCGUCGAGAGUGCUGUAACCACGGAAGAGUUACGAACUGUUUGUGUAUGGUACUGUGUUUAGGUGGCAACGUCGGAAGCUCCUUUUCCUUCGUGUUUUAAUUGUUUUAACCGUUCACGAUGAUAUCGCAAGAUCGCCUCUGCGUGGAAACAAUAUUUUUUUAUCCGUCGACAACGGUGCGACGACUUCGACGGUUUUUUCUUUUCUUUUUUUUCUUUUUACUCGAAGAAACAAGAAAACGACGUUUUUUUUUCCUUCGUUCGAAGUGGUUGUUGACCUGUGCCAAUCCGAUCCAGUGCCAUUGCACGAGUUACGGCUAUCGAUGGAGACGCGUAACCGCACGUAUGGUCGUAACCGUGGUUCGGGAGACGCGUUGACGGUUCGUGAAAGGGGGAUAUAUUGCGUUCGCGAUAAUUCCGUUAAUGAAAUUCUGCGUCCCGUUCACGAAUCGUGAGAAAUCAGGGAAUCGAGGCCUGAUCGCUAAACAUUGUUACUGUACAGAUCCUUAUUCGCCUAUAUAUAUCGUAUCUAUUAUAUCUUACAUUAAGGCAGGGGUUGCCAGAGCUGCGACGAAAUUCUCUAGCGACGCGAAACAUUAUCGAAUCACGUUGCACGCGAGAUUCCCUUUUAUCGGACUCGACUAUUUUUUUAAACUUUGUACAUACACGAUUUUCUGCAUAACUUAUUAUUUUACUCUUUUACGUUGACUAGUUUUUUUUUUCUUUCCUGUCUAGGGACUAUUUUAUUCGCGAUUCGAUAUGGUCUUUUUUUCUUUUUACUCGCUGCGUUGGUGCAAAUAGGUGCACUUCGGGUAAACGUAUCAGUGAUAUGCGAAGGAAUCAUUGUUGAGGAUUUUUUAAUCUUGUGUUCAAUCAGUGAAAUUUGUUACAAUCGAUUUUAUAAAUCAAACGAUGCUACGCUUUGUCAAAUGAAUUUUUCCUAGUUAUUAUUUCGUUAUUAAUUUUAUUCUCGUAUUUUUAGAUAUUUCAACAAGUUGCACGGUGCUUUUAAUUAGAAACAAAUUAACACAUUGGCUGCCGGCGGGUAUUUAAAGCCAGCUGAAUAUUUAAAAAGUGAAAGAAGCGUCGAUUUGGGUGAUCGUUUUUGUCGCCGGUACGUUUACCCUGUGCCUAUAUUUAAUCGAUUAUUUGCACGCGAGAUGGCGACGAAUCGAGGCCUUUUAGCAGCAGAGCAUAAAGUCUCUCCCACAUUUAUGGUCUUUAACGCGUUCACUGUGGUAGAUUUUAAUAACGUUCACAACUGGAUUACUAUAUACCGUAGAAUAUGCUCCACACAUGGACCUUUAUAUGGUACAUCACCAGUACUGGUUAAACACGUCUCACGCUGGGCCUCAUGUGCCCCAUAUUGGAUUUUUAUAUGCGGCUGGUCCAAUAUGCCUCAUACUGGGCUUCCACCUAUAAAAUUAGCAUAUUGAACUUUCCACGUAGGUGGUCAAAUAUGUCCAUCCCCAUAUUGCAUUUUCAUAUCGAAGUCUCGAAGACCUGUCGGGCCUCCAUUUUGAACACGACGGUGUUCGAUGUCUGAAAAUUUCGGAAAAACAGGCUCGAGUGACGUUUCAACACUUUGACUGCCCGCGUGAGCCGUACAAAUUUUAGGUUAUGUAGCUCACAACGGUCUGAAACGAAAAUUUCAGUCUCGCAGAGAAUUGUACGGUUUUCGUGUGGCAGUGAACGUGUUGAACGAGUCGUUGCAACGUGGAAUGGAGGUGGAACGAAAUAUGUGGCCCACACACAAUGAAACACAGGGAAAAUGGUCUCGAGUGACGUUUCAACGCUUUAACUGCCCGCGUGAACCGUACAAAUUUUAGGUUAUGUGGCUCACAACGGUCUGAAACGCAAAUUUUAGUCUUGCUGAGAAUUGUACGGUUUUCGUGUGGCAGUGAACGUGUUGAACGAGUCGUUGGAACGUGAAACGAAAUGUGUGGGCCACACGGAACGAGGUACAGGGAAAAUGCGUGCCCCGGUGCCGCAGUGAACGUGUUAAAUCGUAGCUAGAAGGGGUCACAGCGUCGAGGGAACGUGUCAGGUUCGUUUCCACGCCGGGAACCGUCGUGUUUCCGAGGCGCGGUAAAAAUUUCGCGCACGUUUCUGCGCAGCUCUCCGCGCGAAGAAUGAGUGACGAAUGAAUUGCUCGCGCGACGGUACGCGAGAGGGUAAUAAUAAUGUUGUCAGUUGCGAUCCAGCCUGGGGAUUGAUCGAGGUCUAGCGGACUCGGGAACGGUACAUUCGCGACGUUUUGGCAGACCUGCGUUGUCCAAUAUGGCGGCCCCAUGGCCCCCCCAAGUUAGUAACCGUACCGAUACGAGGAAAUAUUUUUAACGCGUGAAUCGUUUCUUUGCAUCGAUGGACGGGUUCCCUAACCUAUUCGUUACUUGGCUCGAUCAGCAAUUAAUUCCAACAAUAACGCAUCUUUAUCGCGUACAUUAAGAAAUUCAGAAUCGAGAACGAGUAUACGUUGUCAGCCUUGACUAAUAAUAUGAAUGUAAAAUUAAAACGACCGGCAGACGUGUUAUUAAAGGACGAAAUAGCGGAAUAGUCACGAACUGGCGAUAACUCAAGAUAGUCAGAGGGUCUUUAAUAGAAAGGAGUGUGUUGGCCCAGGCAAAUAUAACUUUCGUACAUUUGGCCGUGUAACGUGAUUAUUUUGUGUUUCGUUCCCUGCUACAUUAUUUCGUGCCAUAUUUUGAGAACUCCCUGCAUCGAUGCAUUAACACAGUUAACGUUUCACGCGUAUAUUCGAGGACUUUUACGUUUGAUUCGACCCAAUUGAUCCUAGUCACGUCAAAUCGAGAAUUUGCCUUCGUGAAUCUAAGUUCGUCGAAUAUAAAAAAUAGAAUUUGUUCGAGUCAGUCCCAGAUCUCGACGUCCAGCGUUGUCUCGCGCCGACGACAGACGCGCAACAACCACGAACCAGUUAUAAUUUUAACGCUCGGCGAAACGAUCGAAACGCGACGGUUGCACGGCGCCACCGAUCGAAAUUACAAGAUGGCGGAUCGCGACACGAUUAUUUUUGGCAACCCUCGACGAUUCGUAAUUGUGAUCGUUGCCCCGAAACGUUCGAGUUUCAAUUAGCUGUUCGGCGAUAAAUGAUAUUAAAAAGUUUAUUGUUAAGACCACCACUACCAAGAACGAUAUCCUCAUAUUUUUUAAUAGUUAUCUUCAAGAUGUGCUUUCCACACCGAACGAAGAAACCUAUUCUAUACAGAUCUAUUGUACAUAGGCGGCGACAGUAUUGGCGUCGAGGGACGGGCAAAAUUCUUAACACUAAUUUCGAAUAACGUGUCAAAGAAACUAUAAACAAUAUAACAAACACGUUAUCUCGUGAAUAAAGUUUCAAAUCAGAAAACGAUUUCACAACGAACUAAUUUGCUACGGGUCUUUUUAUCGUUCGAAUAAUAUAUUUUGCUCGUCUCUGGUGACAGGCGUGUCUCGAGUGAAAACAUAAUCGAUGGAAAAACUAUUGUUUGAAAUAUAUACAGGGUGUUCGGCCAACCCUGGGAAAAAUUUUAAUGGGAG